AUGGAGUAUCAUCAACAACGUCACUACCAUAAUAAUAAUCAAAACCAAUACAAUCCACCAAAUACUGUCAACUCCUUUUUUGGUUCCAAUUCUAACUCUUCCAAUUCUCCAACCAAUACAAAGAUAACAUCUGGAGAAGCUGACUUAUAUUUAGAUCAAUAUAAUUUUACCACAACAGCAGCUUUAGUUGGAAGUAUUGACCGUAAAGUAUUUGUAUUGUUACGUGAUGGUAGACACUUGUUUGGCGUUUUAAGAACGUAUGAUCAAUUUGCAAACUUGAUAUUGCAGCAUUGUGUUCAAAGAAUAUACUUAAUGGAUUCAAAGCAAUAUGCUGAGGAAACUUUGGGUAUAUAUAUGAUUAGAGGUGAAAAUGUAGUUUAUAUGGGUGAAAUAGAUAUAGAUAAAGAAGACCUCCCAUUGGAAACUUUAACCAAAAUACCAUUUAGUGACGCACAAGCUUUGCAACAUGAAAAAACGAAGAAAUGGCUUGUAGAAAACAAAAUUAAAAGGGAUGCAUUUAUAAAAAAAGGUUUUACCUACGAAUUUAAUUCUAAUGAUCUAUAUUAA